AUGGAAGGUAUAGGAUCUUCAUCUAGACAAGGAAGGAGGGUGGUGGUGAUCGGCGGCGGAAUCGGCGGCUCCCUCGCCGCGAAAUCGCUUCAGUUCGAUGCUGACGUCACUCUCAUCGAUCCGAAGGAGUACUUUGAGAUUACCUGGGCAAGCUUGAGAUCCAUGGUGGAGCCUUCGUUUGCAGAACGAACACUCAUCAACCACAAGAGCUACUUGAAAAACGGCCGUGUCGUCACUUCUCCGGCGAUCAAUAUCACAGAGACCGAUGUCACGACUGCAGAUGGAGCUGUGAUUGGAUAUGAUUAUCUUGUGAUUGCUACUGGUCACAACGACUUGUUGCCCAAAACUAGGCAAGAGAAGCUCUCACAAUACCAAGCAGGUAUGAUCUCAAAUCUCAUAUCAUCAUCAUAA